AUGGCUGUCCUGCUCACAGGAGCACCAUGCCAAGACCCUGAGGCAGCUGCCAUGCGAGCUCGCUCCCAACCCAGCAGCAAUACAGUCACACUGGUGUGGCAUUCACCUCCCCUAGAUAGUCCCACCGAGGCUAAUAUUAACAUCCCAAUGGGAGCAUUUCGACCUGGUGCAGGCCACCCUCAUAAAAGAAAAGAACUAACACCUGAAGAAGUGGAGGAGAGUGUUCCUGCUACAGAGGAGGAGAAAGAAAAGAAGCAUCUCCCAGGAGCUAAGAAACUUCCAGGUCCUGCUGUCAACUUAUCAGAGAUUCAGAACGUAAAGAGUGAGCUGAAAUUUGUCCCCAGAGCUGAACAGUAGUUGGAAUAAGCAGGUCUGACAAGAGAAACUGAACAGAUUCCAGUGAAUGGAGAUCGUCUGAAAUGUUUUAUAUAUUUGUGUAUAAACACUAUGAACUUCCUA